GUUAGUUAGUGAUAGUUAGAUCAAUUUCCUCUUGUAUAGAAACACAUGUAUGAUUCUGAUUUAGAUUAAUGACAAUCUAAAAUUAAUUUCUCUCAUUCCUCGCCCCCUACAAAAUAUUCAAACUCCCAUUGAUCAAUUCAUGUGUGGUUCUUGCACCAUUGAUCUUUUAUUUUUGGUAAUUUCCUUCUUGAUUCUCUUCUUCCCAUUUGAAACUAGCUGGUGAUUAUCAUGGGAAUAGCCUGAUUCUCUUCUUUGAUAUGCUUACUCAUACCAAUCACGUACGUUCUCCUUGAACGUUGCCUUCCUUCUCUUCCCCUACGGUGGCUUCUCUUUAUCAUUUUCUCAAAAGAAUUUGGGUUCAUCAUGGACAGAAAGAGAAGAACCGAAGGACCUAGUGGUGGUGAAAGCUAUGAGGAGGUGAAAAGCCCUUCUAAGAAGAGUGCUUCUACUUCAUCAACAAUUGAAAUUCCCCUCCGCCCGGGAAAGGGUACCCUUGGCACUAAGUGCAUUGUGAAGGCUAACCAUUUCUUCUUGGACCUUCCUAACAAAGAACUAUAUCAUUAUGAUGUCACUAUUACUCCAGAAGUGACUUCUAAUGAUGUGAACCGUGCUAUCAUGAAGCAGCUGGUGAGGCAGUACCGUGACUCUCUGGGAAACAGACUUCCUGCCUAUGAUGGCAGGAAGAGCCUCUAUACAGCAGGGUCAUUGCCGUUCACAUUAGAAGAGUUUCAAAUCAACCUUGUAGAGGAUGAUGAUGAUGGCGCACCGAGGAGGAGGAGGAGGGAUAAUGAGUUCAAAGUGGUGAUAAAAUUCGCUGCUCAAGCAGAUCUUCACCACUUGGGACUCUUUUUGGAAGGAAGGCAAACUGACGCUCCUCAAGAAGCUCUCCAAGUUCUUGACAUUGUUCUGCGUGAACUCCCUACUAACAAGUAUUGUCCAGUGGGGAGAUCAUUUUUUUCACCUGAUAUUGGUAGAACUCAGUCCUUAGGUGACGGAUUGGAAAGUUGGCGUGGUUUCUAUCAAAGCAUUCGUCCCACUCAAAUGGGACUGUCACUCAACAUUGACAUAUCAUCAACCGCAUUUAUUGAGGCUUUGCCAGUCAAAGAUUUUGUGACUAAAUUGCUCAACUGGGAUGUCUUACGCUCUCGUAGUCCAUUGUCUAAUGGUGACCGCGGCAAGAUAAAAAAAGCACUUUGUGGUCUCAAAGUGGAAGUAACACAUCGUGGAAACAUGAGAAGGAAAUAUCGUGUCUGUGGUCUGACCUCACAGGCUACUGGAGAUUUGACAUUCCAUGUGGAUGAGAGGGGAACACUCAAGUCUGUUGUUGACUAUUUCUAUAAGUCAUAUGGCUAUGAAAUUCAACAUCCUCACUUGCCUUGUUUGCAAGUGGGCAACACACAGAAGCCUAACUAUUUACCAAUGGAGGUUUGCAAGAUAGUACAUGGCCAACGGCACACAAAACGCCUUAAUGAGAAGCAAAUUACUAAUUUGCUAAAAUCCACUUGCCAACGUCCUAGACAAAGGGAGAACGAUAUAGUGCAGACCCUUAAUAGGAAUGCCUAUCAUGAAGAUCCUUAUGCUAAAGAGUUUGGAAUCAAAAUCAGUGACAAGCUUGCUCAAGUUGAAGCUCGGGUCCUUCCUCCACCUUGGCUCAAAUAUCAUGAUACUGGUAAUGAAAAGGAAUGUCUUCCUCGAGAAGGCAAAUGGAAUAUGAGGAACAAGAAAUUGGCCGAGGGUGGGGCAGUCAACAACUGGUUCUGCAUAAACUUUGCAAGGAACAUUCAGGAUAGAUUUGCCCAAAGCUUUUGCUAUGAACUCGCCCAAAUGUGUAGGACUUCAGGCAUGACAUUUAAUCGUGAGCCGGUGGUUCCUACACGGAGUGCUCCACCCGAUCAAGUUGGCAAGGUUCUGAGAGCCCAAUAUCAAGAUGCUAAAAACAUAAUUCGGGGAAGGGAUGUUGAUUUGCUCAUUGUUAUUUUACCGGAUAACAAUGGCUCUCUUUAUGGGGAUCUCAAACGCAUAUGUGAGACCGAUCUUGGGCUUGUUUCACAAUGUUGUUUGAGUAAGAAUGUUCUCAAGAGGAAUCGACAACAAUACUUGGCAAACGUAGCAUUGAAGAUUAAUGUGAAGGUCGGGGGAAGAAACACUGUCAUUGUUGAUGCUCUUUCAAAAAGAAUUCCUUUUGUCAGUGACAAGGUUACAAUUGUUUUUGGGGCGGAUGUCACUCAUCCGCACCCUGGAGAGGAAUCAAGUCCAUCCAUAGCAGCUGUUGUUGCUUCUCAAGAUUGGCCUGAAAUCACCAAGUAUGCUGGUUUGGUUUGUGCCCAAACACAUAGAGAGGAGAUCAUUCAAGAUCUUUUCAAACAAUGGCAUGAUCCAGUCAAAGGAACAUCAACCGGUGGAAUGAUCAAGGAACUUCUUAUAUCUUUCUUUAGGGCUACAAAUCAACGAAAGCCCGAACGCAUCAUAUUUUACAGGGAUGGUGUAAGUGAAGGACAGCAUCAUCAAGUUUUAUUGUUUGAGCUUGAUGCUAUCCGAAAGGCUUGUGCAUCGCUUGAGCCCGAAUAUCAGCCUCAUGUAACUUUUGUUGUGGUUAAGAAGCGCCAUCACACUAGGCUCUUUGCUAGGGACCAUGAUGACAAGAGUUCUGUUGAUGCGAGUGGCAAUAUUUUGCCCGGUACCGUUGUGGACUCCAAAAUCUGCCAUCCGACGGAGUUCGAUUUCUAUCUUUGUAGCCAUUCUGGCAUCCAGGGAACAAGUCGUCCUGCUUAUUACCACGUCCUAUGGGAUGAAAACAAUUUCACUGCUGAUGCAUUGCAAAGCUUUACCUACAACCUGUGCUAUACCUAUGCAAGGUGCACGCGAUCAGUAUCUAUUGUGCCGCCAGCGUACUAUGCACAUUUGGCAGCAUACCGAGCAAGGUUCUAUAUGGAACCUGAAGCUUUGGACAGUGGGACCAUGACCGGUGAUGUUGCUCGUCGUCGCAGAAUGGAUGGACCAAGUACAAGUACUCCUCCACCUGUUGUUGUGAGGUCAUUACCUGCAGUGAAGGAGAAUGUUAAGAAAGUGAUGUUUUACUGUUAGGAUAGGAUAACAUUGUGUUUCAAAGUACUGAAUGCUAUAAGUUGGUGUGGUAAAUAACACCCAAUGAUAGUUUCAAGAUUUUUCAAGUUGGCUUCUUAUUUUGUGGGUAAGGAGGAACAUAUAAGUUACAAUUGAAGUUACAUUUGAGCACUUGAACUCCCACCACAGUGGUAGCAACUCCUUUAAUUUCUUAUUAUAAUAAUGACAACUUG